AGGGUCCAGUCACGGGAACGCUGGACAUUUUGAGUACCUGUAAAUAGGUAGAAAGCUGCCUGUGAGACUUCAGGUGUAUAAUGAACACACCUUUCAGAGGAAAUAAUUGCUUUCAGAGCUCUGUGUCUGUGCCACCAUCACGCUGACUGAGCAGGCUGCAAGUGAAAGCAGUGCAACGGAGUCAGUGAUUCACGUGUUGACAGCAUAUACCAGACUGAGAAAUUAUCAGGAUAUUUUCUAAAGGCUCCUUUCUCUUUCUUUAUCCUUCCUCAGAGACAUGGAGGAGAAACAUGUCUCAUGGAAAAGAUUCUGUGUGUGGGAGGCAGGGAAAACAAACGGGGCUCAUAUUCCCGUCGUUCAAAUGCUUCAAAGAACUGGACAAACAGAGGUGACCUCUCCAAAGGAAUCUGACUACCUUCUGGUUUUCUGUCCCGUUGUUUCACGGGUUGGAACGGACAUCAGUGAAGCCCUGGACAACAUAACUCCUGGUAAAUCAGUAAUCCUGGUGGUGAUGCAUCACACCUUCAAUCCUGAUCAUGUUGUCGCUGAAAGCCGGAGACAAGUGAAAAACCCAACGGUCUGCCUCACUGUGGACUGCCUGUUUCACGAGGGCCAUCUCCUCAAUUGCAACCUGAAUGAUAUCAUGAGGGCUGACAUCCAGAGAUUUUUUGGAGGUCCCAGUUCCCAGACCUCCUUGUGGCAAUCCUUCCCAAGUUUCUGGAGCUUUGUCUGGAAUAUAUUUGGACUUUAUUGCUCGGGUGUCUGGUACAUACUCAUGUGUUUAAGUAGCUUUGCCUGCAAAAUAUUCAGACCUUGUUGGAAUCUGGUACAGACUGCUGGAUUGAUUGUUCUUUCUCUGAUGGCAGCUGUGACGUCAUUCAGUGCUAAAAUGUACAAAAGAAUUAAAAGGACAAAAUGAAACUGCAGGACAAAUCCAAAUGCAAUCACUGAAC